GAAAAGCGGCGAGUGGGAGGGAGGUGGAAGCUCUGCGGCGGCCGCCGAAAGCGAGAGGCAGCGGAGAAGAGUCGGGGAGGUUGCCGAGAGAGGCCGAGCGAGGGACGGGAAGCGAUGGCGGCGAAUUCCAACAUGGAGAACCUUCCACCUCACAUCAUCCGGGAGGUGUGGAGGGAAGUGUCCACGCUGACCAUGGAGCCGCCGGAGGGAAUCAAGAUUUACACCAAUGAGGAAGACAUCACAGACCUGCAGGCCACAAUCGAAGGACCAGACGGGACACCCUACGCCGGUGGUCUGUUUAAGAUGAAGCUGGUGCUGGGGAAGGAUUUCCCCGCUGUCCCACCCAAGGCCUAUUUCAUCACCAAGAUCUUCCACCCCAAUGUCAGUCCGAGCGGCGAGAUCUGUGUCAACGUCCUGAAGAGGGACUGGAAGGCUGAGCUCGGGAUCCGGCACAUUCUCCUGACGAUCAAAUGCCUGCUCAUCCACCCGAACCCAGAGUCGGCCCUGAACGAGGAGGCCGGCCGGCUGCUGCUGGAAGAGUAUGAGGAGUACGCCUCGAGGGCGCGCCUGCUGACUGACAUCCACGCCCGGGUCUGGUUCAGGGAGGGGGGGCCCUCCUCCACCACCACCACCACCACCACCACCUCCUCCACCACCUCCUCCACCUCCUCCUCCACCUCCACCUCGGCUCCCCCCUCCUCGCCCUGCGGCCCACCCCCUCGCCAGCCUGAAGGCCCCAUUGCGAAGAAGCAUGCCGGGGAGAAGAAACCCUCCUCAUCCAGCUCCUCCAGCACCAAGAAGAAGAGGGCCCUUCGGCGGCUGUAGGGACGGGGAAGUCGUGUGCGUGAGUGUGUGUGUGUGUGUGUGUGUGUGUGUGUGUGUUUGUGUGCGUGAGCGUGAGUGUGUGCGUGCGCGCAUCUGCCCGGGUCUCCCCAUCCCAAACCCCCAGCUCCCCCACCUCCCAGUCAACGGCCAAGCCUUUACCAAUAUAGCGCCGGCUGCAGGUUGGGUGGGGGUGGGGGGUGGGUUUGGUCUCGGGAGUUCUGGACGUUGGUUGGGAGCUAAACCCUCCCCCACCUCCCCCAUCGUUUCACACUUGGUUUUUUUUUUGUACCAACGCAAAAUGGGGUUUAAACAAAAAAAAAGAGAGAGAGAGAGAGAGAGAAGGAAUCAGUUGUU